AUGGCGAAAGAAUAUAUAAAGAACUGCUGUAAAUGGUGCUUCUAUGCAGAAAAAGAAAAAAACGAUUUUUCCAUGGUACAGGAAUCUGAAGCAGUAGCUGCAAGAAAGCCAGCUAUUGUAGAGCAACCUCCAUUGUCUUCUGUGUCAGUGAAGCGGCAAGUUGGCUGUUCAGAGGAUUAUCUGCUUUCUAAACUGCCCUUGGAUGGUCAGGAAGUACCAUUUGUGGUCCCCCCAUUCAAACUGGCUUAUGUACAGCCCAAAAACCUUCCUAGUACCUCACAUGCUGGAGGGAUUCAAGAAUCUGCCAGAGCUUCAUUUGGUGAUCGGAAAGCAGAACUGCGCAGCAUGUACCAAUGGCCCCAGUAUGAUGUGUACAACCCAUUCUAUUUGGAGCAGCAUGUUUCACCAGAUCUGAUUAGGCGUUUCCAACCAAAAUCAGAUAAUAGGAAAUUAUAUGGAUCAGUUAACGAUUUAAGAACUAGUGGUUUGCCUGGAUCGCUUGAUUUAAGUCAUUCAAUGUUUGAUCUCAGAAGCCCACCUCAUCGAUUCAUGAAGAGAUACGAUUCAUUCUCCAGUGUACCUAGCAGUACCUCCUCCAGGAAGGAAUCGCAAGGCAGUAACAGGAGUCUUGAUACUAUUACAUUAUCAGGUGAUGAACGAGAUGUUGGAAGACUGAAUGUAAAGCUGUGUUACGUUUCUUCUGCGGAACAGAUCUGGAUCACAGUUUUACAUUGCAAAGACCUGAGCUGGCCUUCUAGUUGUGGAGAAAAUCCUCUUAUCUAUGUCAAGGGAAUUCUCACACUGCCUAAACCAGUGCAGUUCAAAUCCUCUGCCAAGGAAGGGUGCAAUGACAUUGAAUUUAUGGAAACUUUUGUAUUUGCUAUUAAACUGCAAAGCCUGCAGGCUGUCAGAUUGGUAUUUAAAAUCCAGACACAGGCUCCUAGGAGAAGAACAAUUGGAGAGUGCUCCUUGGCAUUGCGGGAGCUCAGCUCAGAGGAGUCAAGUCAUUGGCUGGAUAUAUCUCCUCCUUCCAAAUCAUCUGUGUGCCGCGCAGAGCUUCAAGUAGGAACUUGUUUUCAAGCAAUAAACAGGAGGAUUCAGUUACAGAUUCUUGAAGCACAAAACCUUCCAAUUUCAUCUACACCACUGUCUUUAUAUUUCUUUGUUAAAGUUGGAAUGUUUAGUACAGAAGGGCUGAUGUAUAAGAAGAAGACACGUCUUCUGAAAUCUACUAACAGCCAAGUGAGGUGGGAAGAAAUGAUGAUUUUUCCAGUUAGCCAAGCUGAACAAGGAAUUAGUUUUCUCAUCAAACUCUACAGCAGAAGCUCAGUGAGAAGAAAACACUUCCUAGGACAGAUCUGGAUAAGUUCUGAUAGCAAUAACAGUGAAGCAGUAGAGCAGUGGGAAGAUACCAUCGCUAACCCUGAAAAAGUUGUUGUUAAAUGGUACAGCCUUGGUCCAUCUUGAAGACUGGAGAUGAAACUCAGGACUGAUUUUUCUACAAAGAUAUGCUUUUUAAAAUAGUAUAAAUUUAAAGAAAAAUAUUGUCUACACAAGUUGUUCAGAAGGACUCCACUGAAUCAACACCUCCACGUUAACUGGAAAAAUUAAGUUUCACAAAGAGAAAUACUGGCUUAAAUAUUAUCAAGAGGAAGACUUAGAAAAUGGGAAGAGCACUCACUUGAUAUUUAAAAAUCCACCAGGAAAAAUAAAUAUUUGCUCCUUUUAGGCUCUGCAAGAGUAUAGAAACCCAGUCUUUACUAGUCACAGACUUCAUCCUCAUCUGUAAUCUUGUCUUUGGCAAAGACAAGAUUUUUUUCCAUGGGAAUCAGUCUGAUUAGUGGCUUGAUCCUAGGUACCUCUAAGCCUCUGUGGCUGCACCUGUAUUGACACCAUUUGACCAGAGUAAUGUGUGCCUCAGCAAGUGGGAAAGCUGUGGCUGUAGCAGGAGGCAUAAAGGGAGCAAUGCAAUAAUGCAGCACCCAGCAGCUUUUCUAAUCUUUGCCUCUGGUGAAGGGUUGCACAGUGUGCCAGUAUCUUGGGUUUUCCCCCAUCCUUCUCACUAGUUUAAACAGAGGGAUUGAAAAACAAGUUUCUCUGACUAACUGUGAUCUUUUCAAGUGGGGCCCUCCAGAUUUGCUUUGUUUGGUGACUGCUAGUUGGAAUGAGUGGAAUAAUGCAAAGAGGUAUCAACUCUGCCUAGGAUCAGGGCCAGGUUUUUUAGAUAAAUUAUUUUUAUUAUAUAUAAUUCUAAUAAGUAAAUGACUUCCUAUCUAAUCAACAGUCUUCUACCAUUUGCUUAGUUUACUAAAAGCCAAACCAACAUACUAAGGAGUAAGCAAAUAUUUACUGAUAUAAGUGCUUUUUUAUGCUAAUUAAAAAGCAGAACAGUAAAGGAAUUGGGUUUUGUUUAAAAGAUGGGCUACUACUGCAUAAAUAUUUGUUACAUGUACAGGGUGCUGAAAAUAUGUGUGGAAGUAUAUAUUUGUUACUUGUUUUCAGCAAGAAGAAAUUACCAUAUUUUUAUUGCAAAUGGUAUUUUUCCUAUAAAAUCCAAAGAUUAUUUUUCUACUAGUCCCCGUAUUUUCAGUGGUCUAUUCAGAGUUGUUAUUAAGGGGGGAAAAUGCCAUGUAUAUAGUAUAUAAUAUAUACUUAUAAAAACAAAGACCUUUUUGCACUGCAUUAACUACUGGAUUUAACAAAAAUAUAUUCCAUUAAAUUCAGUGCUUACACAUUUAGUGUUGGCUGUCUGAGCUGCUCAAGUAUGUGUUUGUAUAGACACUGAAUAACAGUAUCUUUUUUAUAACUUGGAAACCAUUCAAACAUCUGACACAAGGACUGGAGUGGUGGUGAGAGCACUCACUGCUUGAAGGCAAAGGAACAGUGGGGGGCAGAGAAAACACUGUAACAGGAAAGCUUGUUGUUUUUAAGCAGAGAGCU